AACUAAUGGUCCUGUCGUGAACUAGACUAACUAAAUCAACUGCAUCAAGCUCGCUGACUCAGCUCCUAUGCACAUCAUAUGUAUCACUUAGUAAGCACAUCAGUACACAGAUCACAUGACCAGCGUCGUUCUCUACCGCAACAUCACCACCACAGCCUAUAGACGCCGAUAACAACGAAUAACCCAGCCUACCAUCCACACCGUCACAAUGGCCGGCCCCAGCAAGUCUUUGAUCCUCGACCCGGCCCUCCAGAAAUACUACGAUCUCCACGCAAACCGAUACAAGUACUUCCGGUGGACGCCGCGCCAUGCCUGGUUCUCGUUCCUGUAUAUGGCUCUGAUCCCUGGUGCUUUGGGUUACGUUGCCUACAAUACUGAUGGCAAAUAUGAGUUGCGCGGGAAGCGGAGGGAAGAUACCAUUGUUGAGUGGUAGAUUGUUGUGGUGAUAAGAAGAGAAAGGGGGGUUGUGUAUCUGUACUGCUCGCUAGGUUCAUUGAGUAUUUCAUUCAAUUGGGGGUGUCCUUAGACACAGCUUGUAGCUCCA